ACAACUAGCGAGAUCUCUGUGAACCCCAUAUUUUCAUUUGUACAUGAUUAUAGCUGUUUUCGUACAGAAAGAGCCAUUAUCGAGGGCGAGAUAGUUUCUGUUUUGCCGCAAUAAGUGUCAAUAGGCAUGGCUGUAUGGAAACUAAGCAUGUAAGUUAACGUAAGGAGCUCUUGGUGUGCAACCCAUCUCCACCUGCAGCCUUCAUAAAUUUGCAGACAGAAGCAGAGGUAGCCGUAGCAGCAGAAGCAUGGACGCUGUCCUGAGCAGGUUGAAAGGUCUCACUGCUGACGAGUUGAGGGAGGAGAUCAUUAAAGCCAACUUGAAAUGUGGCCCCAUCACCGCCACGACAAGAGCCAUAUUUGAGCGUAAGCUUGCCAGGACUCUGGUGGAGAACGCUGGACUUACCGAGCCCGACAGCAGCGGUGGUAACAGUGCCUGGUUGGACAGCUCUGGGAGUGUAGUGCCACCCUGUGCCACAUCAGCAACCCAAGAUUCGGUCACAGGUGAGGAUGGGGAUUUUGGGUACGGCAUGGGCCUUAACCCACCUGAGGAGGAGGCUCUGAGUGGAACGGUGUGCCCUUGUAAUGUGGAGAAUUCACAGUCGGAGACACAGACUCCCUCGAAAACCGCACAGGGGUCGCCCACCUUUUUCUACGGAGUGUGUCCAUUGUGGGAGGAUGUGCUGGCUAGGAAUGAGAGAGCCCAUGUGUACACGGAUAAGAAAGAGGCUUUGCAGGCUGUUAAAAUGAUGAAGGGGGCUCGGUUUAAAGCUUUCUCCAAUCGUGAGGAUGCUGAAAAAUUUGCCAAAGGCAUAUGUGACUACUAUCCUUCUCCAUCUGAAAGCACGUGAUGUGUAAAUGUAAAAGUUUUUUCUGUUAAAUUCCCAAAACUAGACCACCCAUCUAUGAUGGAGGCAGACACAAUCAACAGGGAGAAGGCGAACAGUUUUAAGAGCCCUCGGACGCAAGAUUUGACGGCCAAGCUAAGGAAGGCUGUGGAGAAGGGAGAUGAGAUGUCCUUUACCGAGUUGGUGUGGAGCAACCCUCGUUACCUCAUCGGGUCAGGGGACAACCCUACUGUAGUCCAGGAGGGCUGCAGGUAUAAUGUGAUGCAUGUGGCUGCUAAGGAGAACCAGCCAGGCAUUGUUCAGAUCCUGCUGGACACUCUUGAGAACCCAGAUUUCAUGCGGCUUAUGUAUCCAGAUGAUCAGGAGAGCAUGCUGCAGAAACGCAUCCGAUAUAUCGUAGACUUGUACCUUAACACGCCAGAUAAAGCUGGAUUUGAGACGCCGCUUCACUUUGCAUGCAAGUUUGGCUGUCCAGAGGUGGUGAACAUACUGUGUUCUCAUCCAGAUAUCGACAAGAACUGCAAGAACAAGUACAACCAGAAGCCCUCUGAGGUCAUUUGUGAAAGAAUGAAAGAAAAGGGUCAAUUUCAGGAGGUCAAACAGAAGAUAAAUGAAUAUUUAGAAGAUCGAUUAUACAUCCCCUUAUUGAGAGCUACAGAUAACUCCUCCCAACCUGUGAUUGGUGCACCUUGGUCCCCUGAACCAAUGGAAAAUCUGUCACCACGGUUACCCAGAAGCCCAAAGGAUCCAGUUAUGGCAGUCAGGGCCUUUGCUGGACCUUUAAGUCCAUCUAAAGCAGAUGAGUUCAGACGAGUGUGGAAGACUCCUCCCAGAGAACGGGCAGACCAUUUCCAUAACAUCCUAAAGUCUGACCCAGACCGUGGAGCAGAAAGAGUUGGCAGAGAUCUGGCCCAUGAGCUCGGUCACCCCUGGGCAGAGUACUGGGAUUUCCUGGACAGUUUUGUGGACCUGCAGUCAAGUGAAGGCCUGAAAGUGCUUGAAGAAUACCUCAGUAAAAAGGACUUCAGGGAUCGAGCUCACGAGGAGGCUGGAGAGAACGAAACCAGCAACAGGUUUAAAACCCCAUCUCCGGGUAAGACCACUGACUUUUAA